AGUCCUCCCCUAGCCGAGGCUCGGUAGGCGAGUAGCGGCGCUGUCCUCGCCCACGUGGUACAGCAUUCUAGCCCCGCCCACAGCUGGUGUGCCCCGCGCUUGGGGGCAGGCGGGGUCUGCCUCCGCCCCCUGCCGCAGCCGCUCUUGUCCGCGCGCCGCGACGCGCGUUGUGCGCCUGCUCGGCGGGCGGCCGGGGAUGGCGGCUGUUUUGGAGCUGCUGCUGCGGGAGGAGGUGGCGCCCGGCGCCGUGGUGCGGUGGCUCGACCACGGCCCCCGCCACCGCCCAGCCGAGGAGAACCAUGUCCAUGACAAGCUGGUACCUCAUAAGUUGCUUCAGAAAGACUUUGUGCCUUUCCUGUUGAAUUUUUUAAGGGAACAGACUAGUCAGAUCUUGACCAAUGGGCCCUCUACCCCUGCUAAAACCCCAAAUUCUAAGACCCUCAGGAGCUCAGCUAGCCAUGGGAACCAAAAGACAGGGUCAGAAAGGAGGAUAGGCAACUCAGCAGGGUCAUGCAGCAGCCGAAUGCAGCUCUUUCCCCAGAGGACCCCUGCUAGCUCCUGCACCCCAGGUGCUAGUUUUCCCUCUUCUGCUGCAUCAAGUGGCUCUUCUGCCUUUACUGGGUCAAGCUUGUCUGGCCCCGGCAGUGAUUUCACCAGCACCAGCCCAAGCUUUGGUUGCAGCCCUGUGUUCAACCACAGUGAGAAACGUUCAUCUCAGAAGGCCAAUUUGGGCAGUUUCCUUAUGCCCGCACCAGAUGUCCAGCCAGUGAGGCGAGGCAGAAGAAAAGGCAACAGUUCUGCCAAUGCCACUGGCCGGCAAGUGGCUCGGGACCUAGGGCGAAGCCUCACUGAAGAGGAGGAUGGGAAGGGAGACAGCACAUCGUUGAGUGGCGGGAGGAGGAAACGGAGUGAGGUGGGUCCUACCUCAGCCAAUUCCCCACCUGAUCAGCUGAACCUCAACAACUUGGAGGAGUUCCCACCCAUGAGUGCUGCUUCUGGCUUGACAAACAAAAGCAAGCCAUCAAGACGAAUCAACCCAACUCCAGUGAGUUCUGAGCGCUCCCACUCAAAACCUAAGAUGUGUUUCACUUCCACGCCAGUCAGCAAGUCUCCAGCUGCUCGGUUUCCGUCUGGGACCAGUCUUGAGACCUUUGCUGCCAUCCAGGAAGGGAAUGUUACCUCCAUAAGAGGGAGCAGCCUUCAAGAGGAGAGGGAGAUGCUGAAGAAAGAAAGAUGCAAGUUGCUGCACCAAACAUCUUCUCCUGCAGGCCUGUCUCUGGAUCCCAGUACACCUACCAAGCCUAAUUACAGUUGGAGUGGAAGCCUUGCUACUGAUGGUCAGCUAGUGACCGCUGCAGAUCUCAGUAAAGUUUCCUGCAAGAAACAGCUGGAACAGCUGGCUCAGCUCUAUUCAUCUUGUAUAGCAGAAAACCUGGUUCCAAAUAUUUUCCUGGAGCUCUUCUUUGUCCUGCAGCUGCUAACAUCCAAGGGAACAACUUCUUCGGAAGAUGGUGAGAAUGACAUGGAAUUCAGUCAAGGAUGUAAAGAUGCAGUAGAGCGGCAGCAUUUUCGAAAUGUACACAACUGUGUUUACUUUGCUGUGCAGGUUUUGGAUUGUCAGUUUGAAAUUAUUUCUCAUUUAGAGAAGGGGACAUUGAAACUUUUGGCUGAGAAUGAGCGGAUUGCAUCCUUUUCCCCUGGCUUGCAUGAGAGGCUUAUGAAAGCUUAUGAGAGCAGCACAGCCAAGGUGUCCCUCCUGCUGCCUUCAUCCGUCCAGUCCGUUUCUUUCCAGCCAGAAACGGACAAUCGUUCUAACUUUCCAAGUGACAGGGCUUUUCAUAUAUUUAAGAAGCAAAGGGACAUCUUUUAUGAAUUGUUGCGUGAGUGGGAGGAUAACCGUGAAAAACCAGGCUGGGACUUUGAAAGAGUUCUGGGCAACAGGAUCAGGGCUAUGAUGAAUCACCUCACAGCAGCCUAUAAUCACAGCCACUUUGCCAGGCUCUUUCAGAAACAGCUUAUCCAGAUGUGUAAAGGUCCUAUUGGUGGUGGCACAAGUUGGGGAGAUACCCCAGACCAGGAUGUCCUUAAUAUGCUGGGUUCCAAUAAUCUGAGCCGGCUGAAGAGGCUACAGGAGAGAUUUGUCGUUCCUCAGAGCAUCAGAGGGCCCUGCCCGCCCCCUGCCUUCCCAGGGUGCCAGCAGUUCUUCAGGGACUUCAUUCUCAGUGCAGGAAGCUACCAGUUCAACCAGCACCUGAUGGAUAGCCUGUGUCUAAAGAUACUUGAGCUGGAUGGCCUUACUUUGGUAGAGCACGAACCUAGUGAUGGGGAGGCAGAUAUGGAUGAACAGGAUGAAAAAAAGCAUUUCACUGCAGCCCUGAUGACUCUCAGACUCCUUGCGAAGUUUCUAGGAUUUCUUGUUUUCCUGCCAUACCAAACAGUGGAACCACCAAGCAGAGACUUGCAGGAGUCUGCAGUGGCAUUAAGGAACCAAACUCUGCCUGUACUGGAUAUAUUGAAGCUCCUGAGACGAUCUAUCUUGAACCGACGUACUAUUCUUACCGUUCCUUGGGUUGUAGAGUUCCUCUCCCUUGUGGACCAUUUUGCUCCAUUCCUUGACUACUACAGGAGGGUAUUUUCCCUCCUGCUGCAGCUGUACAGGUGCCUGGUCCUUUCUGAAGAUAAGGAGAUGAGUUUCCUGAACAAGCUACUGAUACUUGCAGUGCUGGGCUGGCUUUUUCAGGUCCCCUCGGUCCCAGAGGAGUUGUUCUUCACCAGUGAAGUCAGACAGGAGGGGUUGAUGAGGGACACUAUGACAUCUGCUCAGGCUUUGGAUUCUGUGCCUUUGGUGGAUCAGCAGUUACUUUAUACCUGCUGUCCCUUCCUUGGUGAGCUACGGAAGCUGCUGGCUUCCUUUGUGGCUGGCAGUGGAGCAAAGAAUGGUGGCUUUAUAAGGAAAAUAACCCCAACUGCUGCAGAGUCCUUGGCACCUAAACCUUCUAUCACACAGCAGAAAUUGCAGGUGGAGCUGGAGCAGGCCUUCUUCCACAACCAGCCUCCAUCCCUGCGGAGGACUGUGGAAUUUGUGGCAGAGAGGGUGGGAUCCAACUGUGUUAAGCACAUCAAGGCAACGCUGGUAGCAGAGCUGGUCAAAAGGGCAGAGGUCAUGCUGCAGGAUAAGGUAAAGGAAGAGGAUGCUAAUCAUAGCAAACUGCUGGACGAGGUGUGUGCUCAGCUGUACGACGAAGGGGCGCAGGCUCUCCACAAAGGCAGAGAAUUUUGCAGGUUGAAAGGGCCUGAGGCUGUGAGAGUGCUGCUGUCAGAAGAGACAUCAGCAGCAGUUUUGAGCAGUGCAGAGGACAUUGCGGUGGGACUGGCUACUGAGAAGGCCUGCAGCUGGCUGGCAACCAACAUCACAGCACUGAUCAAAAGAGAAGUGAGAACUACCUUUAAUCGAAUGUUGAGAGUCCAGGGGCCUUCCUUGCCCAGUGAAGAUGCACAGGGGGAGAGGAAAGGUUGUCCCCCCGACUGCCAGCACCAUGCUCCGUUCCCCUCUCAGAUCCUCAAUGAGAUCAAAGACGUGCUCUGUAUUGCUGUGGGACCCAGGGAUGAAGAUGAAGGAAUUCCCUAUGUCCAGGUGGAGUGUUUGCUGAAAAGACUGAGCCAAACGCUUCAGUGCAGAAAGUUCAUGUGUCCCACCUCUGAGCAGCAGCUGGCUAGGUGCACUGUAGAGUUGGCAUCUCUCCUAGUUUCAGAUCGUGUUCCUAUCCAGGGCCUUAAGCCUCAGAUCCAGAAGAAACCCGAAAGACAGCGAGGGAAGAAGAAUGCUGUCUAUGGCCUUCUGAAAUCGCUGCUGUCAGUUUGGAAGGAAGACUUUUGGACACCUGUUCCCGUUCAGCUGAUGUUCAGCAGGAAGAAUGUCGGUUACAUCGCAGAAGUCAAGCAACGUGAGUGGGAUUUGUUCCUGUUUAUGCUUCAUGGUCUUGUUGGUCAUGGUCUGAUGGGAAAUGCAGAGAUAGAGAACUGCUUGCAUAGCCUCCAAGAACUUCUCUGGUCCUCAGAUUUCUUGGAAGAAUUGGAAACUAUCUCUAGAAUAUUUAUAUCUGAAUAUCAUGUUGCAGAACCCAGGACUAGGCCUUGUGAAUUGGUGAGACAACCAAGAGGUACUGUGGCAGCAGAAAGCUAGUGCAGACAAUCUGAGGAGAACUCGACAUGUGGAAUUUGAUGAUGCUGCUGAGUCCAUGCAGUAAGCGUCUUGCUUGGAUCACAAUGCAUUGAAGGGUCACUUGUGCAAAAACUGCAUCAGACUUUCCCUUGAAGGAGUCACUAGGUGUGACAGGAACACACAUCCCUCAAAGUGUUUGGAGGGGUUUACAUCUGCAAAUGGAAAUGCUUCUAAGAGUUGCUCUCUAAGUUUGGAACUCUCUUUUAAGAACCUGACUGUGGUUCACAGCUGAUGAUCUAUACUUGUAGUGGAAACACAUCUUGUACUCCUGCAGCAAGAGGCUCUGAACAGAAUCUGAAAUCCAUCCUAGUGCACAAAACCUGCUACGCUGCUGGAGGGAUUUCUGGUGGUUUCCCAAGGUGCCAUCUCUUAUCUUAACUUAGUGUGAUUUCUUAUGGACUUUUUUUAGAAAAUACACUGUGCUACCAGGAGAAGGAAGAAGUCAAACUAUAGGCCAAGGAGAUGGAGGGAUAUUUAUUUUUCACCAUGAGCUCAAGCUUGAAGGUUUGUUUUUUAGAUUUUUUAAGACUCAUUUUAAAAGUAAAAUCACAAAAAAAUAUUUUGGAGCAUUGGAUCAGAUAUUAUUUUAAAGGACAUUCAUGCCUAUGUUUGUCUCACUUAACAAAAGCAGCACUUGUAUUUCAUGGUUUUUAUAGAAUUGAGGGGGAGAUUAUCUGGUUAUCUUUUUUACUAGGGAGAGCUGACAGUAUUUUAAGAGGCAUUGUUUUUGUAGUGCGAGCAUAAAUGCCAUGUAUCUGUUACUCACUGUCUUUAAAAUCCUUAUUGCCUUGAGUUUGGGGUUCUUUCAUAGAAAGACUUGUGCGUGAUAAGCACAGACUGGAGUAACUAGACUGGAAAUGUAACAGAACUCCCAUGAAAUAGCAUCACUAGGAUGUUGGAAGGAAGCAGUCCUAUUCAUGGCAUGCUGCUGAGUGCUGUCCAUCCUCAUGGAUCCACCUUAAAAGGGAAACUGCCAACAAAAAGGGGCUGCUAAUUUUCAGUAUCUUAAAUACAAUGUUCCAAGGGUUUUCAAUAAGAUUAGUCACUCAUCAGAGUUUGCAUAGGAUUUGCCUCCCUGUAUAAGGAAGGAUUUUUUUUUUUUUGCCUAACAGGUCGAUGGAGUGUCUUUUCCUCACUAAAUACAGGUUAUUCAAAAGCAAAUAUUGUGUUACAUAAGCAAGAGAGCUAGACAAGGUGAAUCCUAGGCUGUUUGUAUGGCCAUUUCUAUUGCUAAUUAGCCUCUCUCUUGCUGGUAUGGGUAGGAAUUCCUGGGGUAGAAAAUGAAAUGUCAAGGAGUUAAAUUGUUUAAAAAUCAAACUGCAUAAAUCUGGCUACUAUUAAAGUCUACUGGACACAGAGAAAAUGAGGGAAACCAAAGAGGACAAUGUGCAUGUUGCAACUAUUUUGGGUAGUUUUGUCACCUACUCAGACUGUUGGGUGCUGGAUUGAAGGAGACUGCAGAUGCCAGGUAUCUGUCUUGUCAGUGUUUUUUGUUUCCUGUCAUCGUGCUCAGGUUGUUCAGUAAUACCAUAUCAUGUGAACAAAAUGUGUGGACAGGAACAGCUGCCACAGUAUGAACUGAAAGAACAGGUGUGCUUCUUCAUGCUACACACACUUGCUCUUCAGGGCUCAGUAUAAUGUGACCAUUUCACUGUUGAUAUCUCAGUGAAGCUGUCAGAUUUGCUGUAAUAAAGAGAUUAUCAAAA